AUGGUUACAUUCGGUCCAGAUGAGGUAGAAUUAGCAGAUAAAUCGCCAUGUGCCGGUGUUAGAGCCGAUCUUAAGAUGUGUUUGUUAAAUAGUAGUUGCUGUAAAGAGGAUAAAAAGACUCCACGGGAAUGUUUGAAAGAUGGUUUAGUCCCUGACGAAUGUUUUCAACUUCGGCAAUCUUUUUUUGAGUGCAAAAGAUCAUUGCUUGAUAAUAGAAGAAGAUUUAGAGGACACAAAGGUUAU